AUGGGGAUGAACUGGGUGUGCCAUGCAGAGGAGGCACAGCAGGAACACCGAUGGCAUGCCCUCAGAAAGGUUCGAGUCCACAUUCUAGGACACAGGCCUCUCUGCAGGUUCAUCAUAACCUGAAAUUUGGCACUAAAGAGGAUUCAAUAUGUAGGUAGAUAAAACAUGUUAACUUCAGGAACCAAAUUAAUUGAAAGGCAAUGCAAGAAAUAGACUAUAGACAACUGUCUUUGAACCGUCAAAAUAUGUAGCCUCUCUCUGCUCUCCAGGAACCGUAGCCAAACUCUGGGUCAUAAAAAAGCAGCCUGGACAAAGGAGGCGUGUUUAACUGCCUGAAGCCUGACUCGCCCACCUCCCCCAGCAGCUCUUCUCCGGCCUGGUUGGGGUCGGGGUUCCCUCUGGGUCAGGCGUGCCCUCAGCUAACUUCCAGGCGGCUGGCCUGGUUCUGAGGACUCCACCAGAUGUCUUCAUCCAGAUGACCGCCUCCUCCAGGGAGGAAAGGGGGCCACACCACACUGAAGGUGGGCCCUACCUCCCCCACAUGCCCUCGCAACAUCAAUAACCACCAGCCACUCCAGCACCGUACCUCCCUCCUGCACUCGGCUGCUGGGGCCGGAGAGAGGCAUGGGAACAGGAAGGUGGCCUCGGAGGACCCCUCUACUCUAUAAUAAUAAUAUGCCAUUUAGCAGACGCUUUUUUCCAAAGCGACUUACAGUCAUGUGUGCAUACAUUUUUACGUAUGGGUGGUCCCGGGGAUCGAACCCACUACCCUGGCGUUACAAGCGCCAUGCUCUACCAAUUGAGCUACAGAGCACCAGCCCUAUCAGAGCUUAAGUCUGUAGUCACCUGGCUGCAGAGGGGGUUCCCAUUCCUCCUGAUCCUGCUGCCUAAAGUGUGUUUUCAGCACAAGCUGGGUAAGACUGGUUUUAGAUUACAAAUAAACAAAAGUGGCUCUUAUACCUAUGUAGUAACACUAAUUACUACUCUGAGUAAAAUGUUUUUGUUGCCUAGUGACAGAGUUUUCAUACUAUACCAUCUUCUUGGCCCAAUACUUUAGUAGUUGCUUUGUAAUUGUAUAGUAAUGGAGUUGGUUGUUUUGUGGAAUAAGUGGAAUAAGGAACAUUUGGAUCCUCGCAUUUUAUACAACUUUGAUCUGAGACCAUAAGGUUUAUACAUUUAUAAACAUUUGAGCAUAUUCCCUGAGUGUUAAAGAGUCUACGUAAAUAGCUAGCUUGGGAAUUGGUUCUGGCUCAGCUCGUGAGAAUAUACGUACAUUAGUGAUUAGUAAAGCAUUUGAUUAUUUACUAUUUGUCUGUCUGCAUAUCAGGAGGAGAGGUCUGUGGUUGUAGCUCUGUGGAUGAUCAUGCUCCUAUCUGGAAACAGAGUGUAUCUCUACUACACAUUCAGUGCUGAGGAGUUGUACAACAGGUUAAACCAUGUUUCUUUGGUUGUAUCUUCAUAUGGUAAUGCACUAUAAAAAUGUUACAUUGUCAACCACUUUAAUGUUUAGGCCUAUUGGUUAACACACAGCAUGUGUGUGGGAAUUUAUUCUGUCCUUUAUGUUCUAAUAUGAUUUUCAUUGUCUUUAGGCAUAUGUUACCAUGUGACUACGUGUCCUGUGAGUAUUGAUUUUGUGUUUAUUUAUCAUUUCACCUGUUAUCACAUUUAGUUUUUUUAAAUGAAAUUUGAGUUACGUUGUUAAUUUUUGUUACUCCAUCUUCUGUUGAUCAAUGAAAAUGUCCCUUGUAACCAAUAGAGAUUGGACAUAAUGUAUCAUGUCUAUCCGUGAUCAAACCUCAACCGUUACAAAACUGAAGUCUCAUGUCUCAUCUCUGCUGUUUUUUUCCCACCUCAGCCUGAUGUUUGCAAAGCCCAACAUCAACAGCUUUGACUUCUUUGAUCUGGGCGGUGGGGAUCACUGACUUUGUUCUGAAGUACUUCACCAUCAGCCUGAAAUGCUUCACCCUGUUUCUUCCCAAGAUCCUCCGGGCCUUCAAAUCCAUAGUAAGAGCCUGUGUUAGUGUGUUUUAUAUUAAUGAAGGCUUGUCUGAUGUCCAGAGGGUCACAGCUUGUGUGUGUUUUAUAUUCAUUAAAGUUUCACUGGGGGUCACAAUGUGGGAGCGUGUGUAUGUGUAUGUGCGUGUGUUUAUCUUGGUGUCUUAGCCACGUGGAAGUGUUGUUUAUAACAUGUUGUGGUCACAGAAAGAGUGUGUGUUUGUCAUUGUCUGUCUAUCUUUUGGUGUUCUAUCUGCGUGGAGGUUUUGCCUGUGGGGGUCACAGAGUGCCUUUUGACUCGGCUGAUAAACAGGCCAAUCAGAGAGUGAGGCUGCUGCCACUGAGCUCAUUUCUCCCUGGGGGAGUGCAUAGGUGAGGUCAUCCCUCCCUGGAGCUGAACCAUUACUGCUGUGUGUGCUCCCACUCCUCCUCGGCUGCUGGGGAUACCCGCGCCACGCUAUCACUAAACCAACCCCCACCUCACCCACCACCCUCUGCCCCAACCAAACCUUGUCCUGAAACAGGCCCAAGUGGCCCACUUUCAGCCGAUGAAGUCAUGGCCACACAUCAGCCAGCUUCGUGCUUUUGCUUUUGCUUCCAUCUAGGGAAGGAUUUAAUGAUCUCACAAGCACAAACAUGCAAGUCGGCACAAGUGGAGGCCUACAGAAAAAGACAGGCCAGACUCUUGUGCAUUGAUUUACUGUAUACUGUGGUGGGUUGUAAAUGUAUUUGAUUUACUUUGCUCUACCGUUAUUUUAACAUAGCUCGUUGGCUACAUUUUUGGCACUGUCGGUGCACUCCCACUCCAUGGAAAUGUAUUUUCUAAUAGCCAUGCAUCCACCUGAAGCAAGACAGAAUGCUUUGGAACUGCUGCUGUGGCUCAACGUUUCUGUCUGGAGUCCAGUUUUAGUUUGACACAUCAAGUGGUCGUGUGUGUGUAGCCAGGACUAGGGGCAGGAAGGGACAAUGAGGAAAGAUGAAUUGCCUGCUUGCGGUGGUCUCCCACCCCCAGUCUCUCUGCUACAGGGUCUACAACACAGAGUGAUUAAUCUCUGUCAGGUGAUAUCCACAGAUCCAUUAUACACACUGUGAUGCCGCAGUGCCACGGGAAUCAAUUUCCUGUUAGUGUUUAGCCUUCUGUUUGGACACACACACCUCCCAAUUCACUUUGCUGCAGCAUGAGGAACUCUUUAUUUUGAAGUCUUGUUUUCUCCCUGUGGCACCCACUGAAGAACGAGGAGGAGGACUCGUAAAGAAAAGAUGGCUGCCCCCGCAGGUUGGCCAGGCCUAGGGUUGAGCUGUGUGGGGAAAUUGCCUGUACUGCUGUGAAGCUGCGGCCUGUGGAGCCCAGGCCAGGGGCCAUGCUUAGGCUGGAGCGUGCUGCUUUAAAGCUCUUACAGUGUGCUGCUCUUAACCCAUAAGAGUCUGUCAAAGCCGGGGAGCGGGGCUUAGACUCUUAUGGGUUAAGAGCAGCACAUUUGAUUUGGAAUUUUAAGACCCCUUGAAGUAUCAAAAACUAUUCUUUUGUUUAACUCAUUGAACAACAGAUUAACUACAUGGAACAACAUAUAGUCCACCCCCAAAAAUCUACAGGAAGUUUGUUCUGAAGUGUCUGUCCUAUAUCUGAGAGAUUUUUUUAAACCACUUAUUUGUGUGUGUAUGUGCAAGAAAUUCAUAGUAAAUGGGUGUGUACAGCUUUCAAGGUAUUAUGGAUUGAGAUCAUGAGAACUUGGAGAAAUUGAGUCAGAGCUGUUCACAGUGGUGUGUCCUCAGAUUAUUGCAAAAUGGGACUGCCCAUCACUAGUGGUUAAAGAAUAGAAAAUGAGAGAAAGUGGGGGCGGUUUUGAGUCAUUAAGUCGAGCAGAAAGGGAAUCAUAAUAAAAGGAAUCUGUAUUCGGGGAAGAAUUUGUAAUGUUUCAGGAUAUUAUACAGUGGGGAAAAAAAAGUAUUUAGUCAGCCACCAAUUGUGCAAGUUCUCCCACUUAAAAAGAUGAGAGAGGCCUGUAAUUUUCAUCAUAGGUACACGUCAACUAUGACAGACAAAUUGAGAGAAAAAAAUCCAGAAAAUCACAUUGUAGGAUUUUUAAUGAAUUUAUUUGCAAAUUAUGGUGGAAAAUAAGUAUUUGGUCACCUACAAACAAGCAAGAUUUCUGGCUCUCACAGACCUGUAACUUCUUCUUUAAGAGGCUCCUCUGUCCUCCACUCGUUACCUGUAUUAAUGGCACCUGUUUGAACUUGUUAUCAGUAUAAAAAGACACCUGUCCACAACCUCAAACAGUCACACUCCAAACUCCACUAUGGCCAAGACCAAAGAGCUGUCAAAGGACACCAGAAACAAAAUUGUAGACCUGCACCAGGCUGGGUAGACUGAAUCUGCAAUAGGUAAGCAGCUUGGUUUUAAGAAAUCAACUGUGGGAGCAAUUAUUAGGAAAUGGAAGACAUACAAGACCACUGAUGAUCUCCCUCGAUCUGGGGCUCCACGCAAGAUCUCACCCCAUGGGGUCAAAAUGAUCACAAGAACGGUGAGCAAAAAUCCCAGAAAUACACAGGGUGACCUAGUGAAUGACCUGCAGAGAGCUGGGACCAAAGUAACAUAGCCUACCAUCAGUAACACACUACGCCGCCAGGGACUCAAAUCCUGCAGUGCCAGACGUGUCCCCCUGCUUAAGCCAGUACAUGUCCAGGCCCGUCUGAAGUUUGCUAGAGUGCAUUUGGAUGAUCCAGAAGAGGAUUGGGAGAAUGUCAUAUGGUCAGAUGAAACCAAAAUUGAACUUUUUGGUAAAAACUUAACUCGUCGUGUUUGGAGGACAAAGAAUGCUGAGUUGCAUCCAAAGAACACCAUACCUACUGUGAAGCAUGGGGGUGGAAACAUCAUGCUUUGGGGCUGUUUUUCUGCAAAGGGACCACGACAACUGAUCCGUGUAAAGGAAAGAAUGAAUGGGGCCAUGUAUCGUGAGAUUUUGAGUGAAAACCUCCUUCCAUCAGCAAGGGCAUUGAAGAUGAAACGUGGCUGGGUCUUUCAGCAUGACAAUGAUCCCAAACCCACCGCCCGGGCAACGAAGGAGUGGCUUCGUAAGAAGCAUUUCAAGGUCCUGGAGUGGCCUAGCCAGUCUCCAGAUCUCAACCCCAUAGAAAAUCUUUGGAGGGAGUUGAAAGUCUGUGUUGCCCAGCGAGAGCCCCAAAGCAUCACUGCUCUAGAGGAGAUCUGCAUGGAAGAAUGGGCCAAAAUACCAGCAACAGUGUGUGAACUUGUGAAGACUAAAAAACGUUGACCUGUGUCAUUGCCACAAAGGUAUACAGAAAAACUUUGUAUUGACCAAUACUAUGUCCACCAUUAAUUGCAAUAAUUCAUAAAAAUCCACAAUGGUGAUUUUCUGAUAUUUUGUCUGUAAUAGUUGAUUGACCUAUGUGAAAAUUACUGAAACUCUGGCUUUUAUAUUGAGCCAGGGUGUUCCGGUUGGUAAAUUGGUGGUGUUGGGAGGUAGUUCAUUUGUUUUUUGUGGUGAUGGUCGAGACCACCAUAAGGCAACGAGGUCAUCUGUCGGCUCGUUAUCUGAAAGCCAAUCUAUCUACGAAUGUGUUUUCUCCUUUGUGUUGUGGUUUGUUUCUUUUUGCUGUUUGUCGUAAUUCAGUAUAGAAUUACGAUGGUCUUUUGGACUUUUUCGAUUAAUAAGACAUAUGUACACUCGGCGCGCAUUGGUCAAUCCUCAUCUUUUUAAGUGGAGAACUUGCACAAUUGGUGCUGACUAAAUCACUUUUUUUUCCCAGCUUGUAGGUGGUCAACCAUCUGGUCCGAGGCAGGCUUUUGUUCCAGCCCUGCACGAAUGCACCCGAUUCUAGUGCCUUGACUGUGUAAUGUGUUUAUCUUUCAGUCAUUUGACCUCUGUGGACGAGUAUCAGCCAUACGCAGGGCCUUGGCAAUUCUCUGCAGUUCUCAGGUGAGAAAUUAUUACUUUCUGUAAAGAAAAGUAUCAGAGCAAAAUAUCAGCCCACAUCACUGCCCUAUAGCAAUUUGAAGUAACAUUACUAGCUACAGUUGUAAACCUUCAACUGUCAAUUGGUUGUGCCUGAUCUUGCACUUUGAUUGAAUCAUCUUACUACAUAUACAGUAUUAAAAUGCACAACAUCAGAAUAAAGAUACUGUGUACAGUGAGGUGAUCCUGUAAGGCAGGGUUCCUCAACUGGUGGCCUGCGGGUGUUUUAUUUGGCCCCCCAAGUUUUCUGAGCAAAAAAAAAAGGAUAUACAGUACCAGUCAAAAGUUUGGACACACCUACUCAUUCCAGGGUUUUUCUUUCUACUUUUUAGAAUAAUAGUGAAGACAUCAAAACUAUGAAAUAACACAUAUGGAAUCAUGUAGUAACCAAAAAAGUGUUAAACAAAUCAAAAUAUCUCUUAUAUUUGAGAUUCUUCAAAUAGCCACCCUUUGCCUUGAUGACAGCUUUGCACACUCUUGGCAUUCUCUCAACCAGCUUCAUGAGGUAGUCACCUGGAAUGCAUUUCAAUUAACAGGUGUGCCUUCUUAAAAGUUAAUUUGUGGAAUUUCUUUCCUUCUUAAUGCGUUUGAGCCAAUCAGUUGUGUUGUGACAAGGUAGCGGGAGUAUACAUAAGAUAGCCCUAUUUGGUAAAAGACCAAGUCCAAAUUAUGGCAAGAACAGCUCAAAUAAGCAAAGAGAAAUGACAGUCCAUCAUUACUUUAAGUCAUGAAGGUCAGUCAAUACCGACAUUUUUCUUCAAGUGCAGUCGCAAAAACCAUCAAGUGCUAUGAUGAAACUGUCUCUCAUGAGGACUGCGACAGGAAUGGAAGGCCCAGAGUUAACUCUGUUGCAGAGGAUAAGUUCAUUAGAGUUACCAGCAUCAGAAAUUGCAGCCCAAAUAAAUGCUUCACAGAGUUCAAGUAACACGCAUCUCAACAUCAACUGUUCAGAGGGGACUGUGUGAAUCAGGCCUUCAUGGUCGAAUUGCUGCAAAGAAACCACUACUAAAGGACACCAAUAAGAAGAAGAGACCUGCUUGGGCCUAGAAACACGAGAAAUCAACAGUAGACCGGUGGAAAUGUGUCCUUUGGUCUGGAUUCCAAAUUUGAGAUUUUUGGUUCCAACCGCUGUGUGUUUGUGAGACACGGUGUGGGUAAACGGAUGAUCUCCACAUGUGUAUUUCCCACCGUAAAGCAUGGAGGAGGAGGUGUGAUGUUGUGGGGGUGCUUUGCUGGUGACACUGUCUGUGAUUUGUUUAUAAUUCAAGGCACACUUAACCAGCAUGGCUACCAAAGCAUUCUACAGCGAUACACCAUCCCAUCUGGUUUGCUCUUAGUGGGACUAUCAUUUUGUUUUUCAACAGGACAAUGACCCAACACACCUCCAGGCUGUGUAAGGGCUAUUAUACCAAGAAGGAGAGUGAUGGAGUACUGCAUCAGAUGACCUGGCCUCCACAAUCCCCCAACCUCAACCCAAUUGAGAUGGUUUGGGAUGAGUCCGACCGCAGAGUGAACGAAAAGCAGCCAACAAGUGCUCAGGAUAUGUGCGAACUCCUUCAAGACUGUUGGAAAAGCAUUCCAGGUGAAGCAGGUUGAGAGAAUGCCAAGCGUGUUUAAAGCUGUCACUAAGGCAAAGGGUGGCUAUUUGAAGAUUCUCAAAUAUAAAAUAUACUUAGAUUUGUUUAGCACAUUUUUGUUUACUACAUGAUUCCAUAUGUGUUAUUUCAUAGUUUUGAUGUCUUCACUAUUAUUCUACAAUGUAGAAAAUAGUAAAAAUAUAGAAAAACCCUUGAAUGAGUAGGUGUGUCCAAACGUUUGACUGGUACUGUAUAUAUAUAUUAUUUUGGGAGGGACAUGAAAAACUGUAAAAACACCAGGAAAUCAGCUCCAAGUUAUUACUAUUUUGGAUAUCUGUUCCCAAGUAUUUCCAUAAUAGAGAGACACGUGAUCAUAUACAAAUGUAAGCAAGGUUUGAAAUUAUUAUGUUUUAGUCAAAUAUUAUAUCUGGCUUCUUGCGGUCAAUUUGCAGUUUUCAAAUUAUUUGUAAUUAUGUUCUGGCCCUCCGACCAUCCGCAAUCUAGUUGAUAAUCCCUACUGUAUGGUAUGGGAAUUUAAACACAUCAUUUUCUCUUUGUGACCACCUACCUGAUGCUCUAUCACCCACAGAGUUAUGGUGAGGGCCAGCAGCCAGCAGUGCAGUGAGGCCGGGGAUGUGUGUGCUAUUUGUCAGGGUGACUUCAGAAACCCCAUAGCUCUUCUCUGCCAUGUGAGAGUGCAUACAUCAAACCAUAAGCUCUGCUACUAUCCACUGCACUUGACUAUAACACCAUUCGCUGGUGUUAGCCAUGGUAACCACAAGCUAACUGUAGCAGUAUGAGCCUUAGUGUGGUGUAGCUUGAUGCUAAAGUCACUGUCCAUAACUAUUUUGUUUAUUUCUGUGGCUUUACUGAUCAAUACUGUAUUGAAUGACUGACCAAUACUCAAUGCAUACUCCUUGUAGUAAACCAAAGUGAAUAUGAGUGUAAAGCCCAUGUGUUUGUCUCUCCCCCCUAGCAUGUGUUCUUUGAGGAGUGCCUGUAUUUGGAUUAGACCGUGAGUGAACGUGCCCACUCUGCCGCUCUGCAGAGUAUCAAAAACAAUUAUUUUGUUUAACUCAUUGAACAACAGAUUCACUACAUGGAACAACAUAUAGUCCACCCCCAAAAAUCUACAGGAAGUUUGUUCUGAAAUGUCUGUCCUAUAUCUGAGAGAUAUAAGAAAGAUCAGGAAAAAAAUGUUUUAAAACCUCUUAUUUGCGUGUGUAUGUGCAAGAAAUUCAUAGUAAAUGGGUGUGUACAGCUUUCAAGGUAUUAUGGAUUGAGAUCAUGAGAACUUGGAGAAAUUGAGUCAGAGCUGUUCACAGUGGUGUGUCCUCAGAAUAUUGCAAAAUGGGACUGCCCAUCACGAGUGGUUAAAGAAUAGAAAAUGAGAGAAUGUGGGGGCGGUUUUGAGUCAUUAAGUCGAGCAGAAAGGGAAUCAUAAUGAAAGGAAUCUGUAUUCGGGGAAGAAUUUGUAAUGUUUCAGGAUAUUAUAUAGUGGUCACCAAUCUGGUCCAGAGGCAGGCUUUUGUUCCAGCCCUGCACGAAUGCACCCGAUUCUAGUGCCUUGACUGUGUAAUGUGUUUAUCUUUCAGUCAUUUGACCUCUGUGGACGAGUAUCAGCCAUACGCAGGGCCUUGACAAUUCUCUGCAGUUCUCAGGUGAGAAAUUAUUACUUUCUGUAAAGAAAAGUAUCAGAGCAAAUAUCAGCCAACAUCACUGCCCUAUAGCAAUUUGAAGUAACAUUACUAGCUACAGUUGUAAACCUUCAACUGUCAAUUGGUUGUGCCUGAUCUUGCACUUUGAUUGAAUCAUCUUACUAAAGAUGGGUAAAGCCCAUGUGUUUGUCUCUCCCCUCUAGCAUGUGUUCUGUGAGGAGUGCCUGUAUUUGGGUUAGACCGUGAGUGAACGUGCCCACUCUGCCGCUCUGCCGUCAUAGAGAACCUGCACUGCUGGAAGGACGGCACCACCUCUGCCCACUUCCAGAUCUAG